AUGACGAAGACGACGACUACGACUAUGGCGGAGGUGAAGAUGCGCAAGGCGACGGCGACGGCGAAGAAGAAGAAGGAAACAACGACCACAUCGAGGAUGAUGACGGCGGAGGGGCGAGCGGAAGAGAAACCGCGACGGAGACGCCCGGGCCGACGGCGGAACAGCAGUACAACUAAGACCAGAGUGCCACGCGCCAAUGGUUGA